CUUCUUCCCGGGGCGGUGUCACGGGUCAACCCAAGCCACGGAGAAAAGAGACGAUCCUUCUGAUCGGGAUCUGCCUGAAGGAUUUGCCAUUUUUCUUGAGAUGACCAUCAUCAUCAUCAUCACGCGGGCCCUGAUUCCGGAGUUUUAUGAUGCUUUAGGAAGGAGGGAUUCUCUCACGGCAGUCACGGCUACGUUAGCACCCCUACAGCUGCUUGGUUGUUGUUGUUGUGUUGUUGCGAGAUCCAGUUCCACUGUCACUUCGUGGGUGAGUAGGUGAGGUCUCAACAAACCGGAAGGGAUUCCACCUAUGGAGUAUCCCCGCAAGCGUACCAUCAGGAGGCACCUACCUAGCGUAGCGAUCAUCACAUCUUCAUCAUCCCCCACGCGGCGGCGGAGGAGGUAGGUAGGCAUUCAUAUCGGCUAUGUUGACGCGGAUUCUCUGUUGGCGAUGCAGCAUCUUACCUCCGAGAUGCGGUAGUUUUGCGGCAUUACCCGUCACUAGGGGACCUGGAAAGGUGAAGUGAUCGGCACUGUACAUUUCUCUUUUCAGGGCGGCAAUAUGCUGUUGUGGGUUAUAGUAGAUGAAUUUGCAAACGCCGCUUACGUUUUGUGAGGUGCGAAAAGGGAUCUGCGGUUCGGUGAGGGUGAGGUUGCAUCAAGGUAACGUGCACACAGGAUAUGCGGCGGUUGCGGUCUUUUGAUGGUGAGGAAUGGGGUAGGUAGAGAGAGGUGAGACGAGUAAGACGAGUGAGGGCCUCGAUGGUCCGGGGAGGGGGUUGAUAUAUCUUGUGCUUCUUGUAUGCUUUUGUCGCGGUGUGUUGAGUUGAGGGUGUUGUUGUUCUGUCUUGGUGUUUGUUAGUCUUAUACUUCACCUUGUGUUUAUACCUCUUAAACAUUCCUCCACAUAUUACGGUAAGAGAGACAAAUCGCCCAAAAUGCCUUACCUCGUCCUCCCUGCCCUCAUCCCCGACAUCCGGCCCUGCUACGACGCCUACUUUGCCGCCUUCAGCACCGACCCCUCCGGCUCUAUAUUGCUCGACAUCCUCUUCCCCUCGGGCGUCACGUCCGACGAGUUCCGCAAGGCGCACACCAACGGCACCCUGCAGUGGUGGCACACCUCCGAGACGCAGUACACCUACAAGUGUGUCGACUCGGAGACGGGUGAGAUCAUCGGUAUGGCCCUCUGCGACGUGUUUGUCAAGCCUAGAACAGAAGAGGAGCGCAAGAUGCCAGAGAUUGGGUGGCUUCACGGGGAGCAGAGGACACGGGCGGAGAGGGUGCUGGACGGGCUUUGGGGUGCGAGGGAGAGGAUUAUGGGGGGAAGGCCGUAUGUUUACAUCCACGCUUUUGCCGUUGACCCCAAGCACCAAGGCAAGGGAGCUGGCUCUGCUCUUGUCCAGGCCAUUGUUGACCUCGGAAACACUAUCGGGCUGCCCAUCUACCUCGAAGCGACGCCCACAUCGGAAAACGUGUACUUCAGAAAGGGCUUCAGGAGAGUCCCCGCGGAGAUAGCCCAGGUGGUUCACGAGGCGGCCGUGUUGGGGACCAAAGAGGACGUGGAGGUACCGCUCAUGGUGAAGCUGCCGCAGGGUGUGUAUGAAGUCAAGGUUGAUGGGAGAAAGCUGGGGGAGGUGUGGGCGGAGUGGCAGGAGGAGAGGAAGCAACAGCAGCAGCAGCAGCGCCAAGAACAGGUUCAACAACAACAACAAUAA